AACCGUGCAGCUGAGUGGUCGCGUUCCUCUGCUGAACACUUUUCUCUCAAGUGACCAGCGAGUGAAGUCAUUAGGCUUUCCACUCUGUUAACGGGAGGUGGGGCGCUCACCAUAAAAACGCAUUCUAACGAGCUGCACAAAGACCAGCGUGCAGUCCCAGUCUCCUCCACGCUGUGAGUGCGCAGCACAGAUCGCUCCAUUUGGAACUAAAAGGGCCGCAGUGAAUGAACCUGGAUACAUUUUCUGCGCUUUUCUCUGCCGAACCUCAGUAUUCCGCUGUGACUGCUCUCCGGCAGAUACUCUAACCCCCGAAAGCCAUCGGGACCGUGAACAGAGAAGCUGCGGGAGUGGUCUGGAAACUUUUGCCACAAUGAGCAAGGGAACGGUCAACCUUGAUACCUACAGCCUGUCGCUGCUCACGGCCAAAGAGGACAUCCUCAACCCCCGAUCUUCCACGAACUGGGCAUUAUUUGCAUAUGAUGGAGUCACAAACAAGCUCAAACUGGCUGACUCAGGAGUGGGUGGUGUGGCAGAGCUGGCGGAGAAGUUUCACAUCUCAAAGCCUCAAUAUGGACUGUUCAAAGUCGGAAGUGUAGAGACAGGAGCCCCCCGGAUUGUGCUGAUCAACUGGGUCGGCCAAAAUGUCGAUGACUACCGAAGGACAGAAUGUGCCAGCCACAUUCCAGCCAUCAAGAACUUCUUCAAGGAAGCGAAUGCUUUCAUUAGUGCAGAGAAGGUGGAGGAUGUGACAGAGGAAAAGAUAAGAGCUGAGUUCAACAAGGCCCCAGCCCAUACUCCCACACAGUGGGUGAGAAGGAGCUCUAGGUCUGCGGAAAAGGAGGAAUUAGUGGGUACCAACUACAGAAAAACGAACGCUGCAAUGGAGAUGAGACUGAUAAACAGAGAUUCCUUCUGGGCACGCGCAGAGCGUGAAGAAGAACAAAGGAAAGAAGAGGAGAGGAGAAGAGCGGCCGAGGAGAGACGGCGCCUUGAAAGGGAAAGGAUUCUGAAAGAGCGAAGGGAUGAAGAGGAGAGGGACCGAAAAAUGAACGAAAAGCUGCAACUGAUUGAGGAGCAGAGAAGGAAGCAGAUAGAGCAGGAAGAGGAGCUGCGCAGAAAGGAGAAAGUGAAAUGGGAGCAGCAGCAGAGGGAGCACGAGGAAGACAUGAGGGCUCGUCUCAGAAGGAGCGAAUCCAUAGAGAAAGCGGCAGAGGCAGCCGCACUAGUAUCCCAACGCUCCAUGAACCCCAGGGAGUUCUUUCGGCAGCUGUCAUCAUCAUCAUCACAAAGUCCCACCAGCCCUGGAUCCUCCCGCGCUGGCAAACCGUUCAGACGAUACCAGCGGAGCCUGACAGACACGGCCUUCAUCUUCUCUAAAGCAGAAGAGAGCGCAGCAUCCUCCCCUCGCAGUUCUCCCCUGGUCUCCCCCUUUUCUCGGGCUCCUCCCUCCCCCAUUUACCGUGCCGUGUCUCCCCCCACAAGCCCUAACUUCUGCCUGGCUGCAGCUCCGCAAAGGCCCAGAGCUCCCACAUCACCCCCUAUAUCUCCUCUUCGCCAUGCCCCUCCAGUUUCACCCCUGCCUAGCGUUCCACAAACUAACAGCCAAGCUCAAGCUACAGCUGAACCCAAACCUACAUCUCCAACGCAACCUUCUGCACCUCCAGCAUCCCCUAGUCUUUUGGUUUCUUUGUCCCCCAGCUUGGCAGAUAUCAACCCCUGUGAGUCACUUUCAGAGGCCCUGCCUGCCUCGCCCCCAAAUAUUCAAACCCAGCCUGACGAAUCAGAUUUGCACUUCAAGCCUGUUCUGCCUUCACAGGCUCCAGCAGCUCCGCUUGCUGAGACUCCACAGCCGAAUGGUGACCUCAACACAGCCAGUCAUGUGCACACUGAGCUGGUCUCAGACACUGCCUACAAAGUACAGGCUGUACUCGUGGAGGAGGAUGAGGAAGAGGAUAUGGAGGAGCAGGAGGAAGAUAAUCCUGAAACAAAACCAGAGCCUUGUGCUGUCACCACAGAACCAGCCCUGAUAGAAUUAGAGGAAGAAGAAGAAGAAGAAGAACAGGAAGAACAGAAGGAGCAUGAGAAGGAGGACAUGGAGGAGGAGGUGAUGGAAGAAUUAAACUGGGAAACUGAGCCUGCAUCAGUGGAGGAACCAGUUGAAAUAGAAUGGGAUGAAGAGGAGACAAAGGAAAAUGGGGAGAAGAAUAAUCAGUCAGAAGACAGCCGGCCCACUGCCGAGUUCUCAGAGAAAGAGGAAGACUCAGCAGUUGCAGAUGCCGAACCAGUCUGUCAAGAAAUCGAACACGAGGCAGUAAUCCUGUCAAGCAAUGGGAUCACACCGGAAGGUGGCACAGCAGAGCAUAAUGGCAUAGUGCAAUGUAUGAAUCCGUGUGACACAGAAUUCAGCACUUCAGAGCUGACUACGUGCUACAGUCUCCAUGGCGCUGCAGAGGAGGAUGACAUCAAUGAAGAUGAGGAGAAAGAGAUCUCAGAAAAUGGACAAAAGGUUUUAGCUGAGCGACAAAUAUGCGUCCGAGCUCUUUACGACUACCAGGCAGAGGACGAGUCUGAGAUCUCCUUUGAACCGGGUGACAUCAUCACGGACGUGGAGACGGUGGACAAAGCCUGGUGGAGGGGAUGGAGCAAAGAUGGACGUCAGGGCUUAUUUCCUGCCAAUUACGUGGAAACCAUAUAGUCAGGCAGAGACACACUAGGACAAAGAUACAUACACACACAGACGCACUCAGGGACACCAUCUUCCCUCACGUUAAUGCAUGUUUUUUUAACUUAAUCCUCCCACUGAAACUUUGUACUCUCUAUUUUGUUGGAAGAAUAAAGAAACAUGUGAAUCCCUGUUUUGUAGGGAGCAAAAAAGAAAAGUGUAACUCUCGAUUUUGAUGUUUUUGAGAAAAACAAAAAUCCUCACAAGUAUGCAGAAAUUACCCAGCCUCAUUUUCUUGGAUAAAAUAGAGAAGACCUUCUCUUACACCAAAAUAACUUAUUUCCUUUUGAGAUGCAGUCGAAAUGUUGGUGGGAGAGAUCAGAUCACAAUGACAAAUGAUCACAAACUCCCCCCACCCCACCCCACCUUUUCUCAAAGAAACACAAACAGAUUUUAUAGUGUAUAGUCUUCUUUUUGAUCCACACAUAUAACAAGCAUUCCACUCUGCUCGCCAUUUGUAUACAUGUAUCAGACAUCAGCUUAUAAUCAUCUUCCUGUAUUUCUUGAGUUAUUUUGUAGCAUUUGUUUCUGAAAGUCUCACCACACAGUUAAAUUACCCAAACCAGAACAGAAGUAUAACGAACGGUAAAAAAAAAAAAAAUAAUAAUAAUAAUAACUGUAUUUGAAAUCGGGCUAUAUUUUGUUCAUAUGGUGAUAUCCUUCCAUGCUUUUUGUGAUUAUAUCUUAUCUUUUUUUUUCCCUAGAUAUUAACAAAUUAUUGCAUUAUAUCAACUCAAAGAUGAUCCGAAAAAUCUUCCUGUUUUAAUCCUCAUUAAUCUCGUUAUACUCUGCAUUGUAUAUAAUAAUGUAAAAAAUGUCAAAGUCCUUUUCUACCCUUGGUUUAUAUGUUUGUGUGUUGUAUGCUUGUUUAAUGGUCUGCUUUUUUUUGUAUUUACUCCAAACUUACAUAGCAUCUACAAACAAACCUGUUUUACAAAGUUUGUCUCCUGCAUUAUUCUUCAUUUUUGCUAUUUCCAACAACCAAACUAAAUACAGUGGAUAUUCUCUUUA